AUGGGUCUCCUGUCGAACAGGAUCGGGAAGGAGAGCCUGAAGGCGGGGGAUCACAUCUACUCGUGGAGGGCCGCGUGGGUCUACGCGCAUCACGGAAUAUACGUGGGCGAUGAUAAGGUGAUCCAUUUUACCAGAGGAAGGGACCAAGAGGUCGGAACAGGAACGGUCAUUGAUUUUCUUCUUGUGAGUUCUGGCCCUACUAGGAGCACCACGCCAUGCUUGGUAUGCAGCAGCGAAGAAGCCACCACCGUGGCGGAGACAAAUGGUGUAACCUCCUCUUGCCUCAGCUGUUUCCUGGCAGGGGGUGCCCUCUACCGUUUCGAGUAUGACGUCAACCCAGCACUUUUCCUUGCCAAAGUGCGAGGAGGGACCUGCACACUUGCUGCCACUGAUCCUGACGAGGUGGUUGUCCGACGUGCCAAAUACUUGUUGACCAAUGGUUUCAGGUGCUACAGCCUGUUCAAGAACAACUGCGAAGACUUUGCUAUAUACUGCAAGACUGGUCUGCUUGUGGCUGAGCAAGGCAACGUCGGGCUCGGGCAGAGUGGGCAGGCUGUGUCCAUCAUCGGCGGCCCUCUUGCUGCUGUGGUUUCGACCCCUUUCCGCCUAGUAACCACGAACAUCUAUGGAGUGGCGGUGAUGGCUGUCGGGGUGUACUGUGUCAGCAGGUAUGCAGGUGACAUUGGCAACCGCCGAGACGUGCUGAAAGUGGAAGUGGAGGACCUGACUGCCGGGCUCGCAAGCGGCCGGAUUCGUCCGGCGAACAUCAGUCAGCUGGCCACUCCAGGGCAAGUCCAGGUUCCGGCCGUGACCACACUAGUUGCUGCUUAG